UCCAACAAUAAAUCAAAAAAUAAAAUAAAUCUUCUUCAAAUCAAAUCCAAGCCCUAAAACCUAAAAAAAAUAAAAAAUCCCCAAAUUAUCAAACCCUAAUCAAUCAAUUAAUCAAUCAUGUCUAGAGAAUUCAACGUCCCACCGGUAAUCUUCCCGUCGGGCGGCAACCCCAACACCGGCGGCCCACAACGACGGAGCCUCCCAACCGCCCCAUUCCAACCACCGCGAUCAUCAAACCCCGGUAUCCCUUUCAUGUCAUUCGACAUCGGAGCAUCACCAGCUUCCACGUCAUUCUCCACUCCACAAUUCAUGGGCCCUACCUCCUCCAACAAUCUUGUCGGGUCAAACAUUAAUUUCGACGACGAACCACCUUUGUUAGAAGAGCUAGGUAUCAAUACUAAACAAAUUUGGAACAAAACCGUAUCGAUAUUGAACCCGUUUAAAGUGAAAACGGAUAUCCAUGAGGAUGCUGACCUGUCAGGUCCAUUUUUAUUUUUAAUGGCAUUUGGGUUGUUUCAAUUGCUUGCAGGGAAGCUACAUUUUGGGAUUAUAUUGGGUUGGGUUACGGUUGCCUCGUUGUUUUUGUACGUCGUUUUUAAUAUGUUAGCAGGCCGAAAUGGGAACCUUGAUUUGUAUAGAUGUUUAAGUUUGAUCGGGUAUUGUAUGUUGCCGAUUGUGAUAUUGUCGGCGCUCGGUUUGUUUGUUCCUCAAGGUGGGGUUGUGGUGUUUGGGAUGAUGGGUGUGUUUGUCAUUUGGUCGACGAGGGUUUGUACGAGGUUGUUGGUGGAGCUUGCUAGCUGCGGUGAUGAGCAUCGUGGACUUAUUGCGUACGCUUGUUUCUUGAUUUACAUGCUUUUUUCGUUGUUGGUCGUGUUUUGAGUUGGUGUUUUAUGAUGUUAUGGUUACUAGUACUUGUUUAGAAACUUUGUGUUCUGUUAUUGAUAUUGUUUUUACGUUUUGUUGUUGCGUAUAUGAGAAAGGGAUUUGGUGGACUAGUUGUUGAUGUUAAAGUUUAGGUUUUAAUUAAUGUUAUAAAUGAAUUAAUGAAUGAAAGAGUUGGUUUUAUAGCA